GUAGGAAAACAACCGCCAUCAUUUGAAAGCGAGAAACUUGAUCAGACUUGAUCAAAAUAUUGACAUCCGAUCAAUUUUAAGAGAAAAUGACAAGUGCUUUGGAGGACCCGUCGCUUGAGCGACAUUUCAAGGGUCAUCGGGAUACAGUUACAAGUGUUGAUUUCAACCCAAACAUGAAGCAGCUUGCUUCUGGGUCUAUGGACUCGUGUUUGAUGGUAUGGAACUUCAAACCUCAGAUGAGAGCUUACAGAUUUGUAGGACACAAGGAUGCUGUAAUGAGUGUAUGUUUUUCACCAUCUGGUCAUCUAGUCGCCUCUGCAUCCAGGGAUAAGACUGUACGGCUCUGGAUACCUUCAGUUAAAGGAGAAUCUACAGUGUUUAAAGCUCACACAGCCACCGUGAGAAGUGUUGACUUCUCCAGUGAUGGACAGACAUUGCUCACUGCCUCAGAUGAUAAAACAAUAAAGUUAUGGACAGUGCAUAGACAGAAGUUUUUGUUUUCUCUCAAUCAACAUAUGAACUGGGUAAGGUCAGCAAAGUUUUCGCCAGACGGUAGACUGAUUGUGUCGGGCAGUGAUGAUAAAACUGUCAAACUGUGGGACAGAAAUAGUAAAGAAUGUGUGCAUACAUUUUAUGAACAUGGAGGUUUUGUGAACCAUGUAGAAUUUCAUCCUAGUGGUACAUGUAUAGCAUCAGCUGGGACAGACAGUACGGUGAAAGUUUGGGACAUACGCAUGAAUAAAUUAUUACAACAUUAUACAGCACAUUCAGCAGCAGUCAACAGCCUGUCAUUUCACUCUAGUGGUAACUAUUUAUUAUCUGGUUCUGAUGACGGUCAGCUAAAGGUGUUUGACUUGUUGGAGGGACGGUUAUUCUACACAUUACACGGUCAUCAAGGUCCAGUCACGGCAGUCUCGUUUUCUCGGUCAGGGGAUUACUUUGCAUCUGGAGGAUCUGAUGAACAGGUAUUGGUAUGGAAGACAAAUUUUGACCAGAUGGAUUUCAGUGAAUUAUUAAAGACACACAAACAGCGGGCAGAGACUGACUCCGCCCCUACAGUCGCAGACAUUCCCCCUAAAAUUCAACGCCCAUCAUCUUCAUCAACCUCAUCAUCUAGAGCAGCAGCGAAGGGAAUUCGUAGUGACAUCAAAAAUAUGGAUGAUGAGGUCCCUGAAGUUACAGAGGUUGGACCCGCAAUGUUCUCUUCAAAUGAGCCACUGUCCACUAGUGAUGAUGUUGAAAUGAGGUCAGCAGAUUCACGGCCAAGGUCACGCGUUGAUGAUUUCCAACCAAAGUCUACGACACAAGCCUUAGAAGAGAGAACAGCCAUGCCCCCACAGCUUGCAGGAACCCUAGAACAUAUUGUGGGACAGCUAGAUAUUCUUACACAAACUGUAUCAUUACUGGAACAACGACUUACAAUGACAGAAGAUAAACUACGAGAAUGUCUCGAUAACCAACAGAAAAUUACAGUUCAGAUAAAUCAGAAAGAUUUGUAAAUAGUGAAAAUGUUGCGUUGUUUUAUUUAUAGUAAAAUUCAGAGCAAACCUAGAACUACUUGCUAACAAGAAAAAACAUCACAUUUAGUGACACUAUUGUAGCAAUAAAUUGAUAAUGCCAGUUUCACGGAUGAUAAUUUACAAGAGCUUAACAGAACUUGACAGAGUGCCAAUGGUACUUAAAAUAUUUUAUUGAAAUAGAUUCAUCACAAUAUUUUACUUGAAUAAGCUUGCGCAGUUAGCUCAGAAUCGAGGUCAGUCCUUAAGUAAGGCAAAUCGUCCUCUUCCUUGGAGUCAUGUAGAGAAAUUGUCACUUACUUGUGAAGAACAAAUCACUACUGGUAUAGAAUAAAAAUUUAGAUUGAAUGAACACUUUUACAUAACUGAAAUACUGUUGAAAAAUUAGCAUUAAACCAGGGUUCAAAGUUUUAAAAAUGAGUUUGGAGACCAGGUCUCAAAUCUUUAGUAUCUGAUUGGUUGAUUUUGAUCUCAGAUUUGAAAUUGACCAGUGGUAGAGCAGCAUUGUUAGACUUGUUUCAAAUCUCUCUUUUAUAACACUGGGCUCAAUAUCAAAUCAACAAAUUGAAUUGUUUGAAUCAAGCAAGAUUCAGGAUUGUAAAUGAUGUGAAUUGCAUCACUUGUUUUUACAAUGUUAGGAAAUGGAGAAAUAGAAAAACGUCCGCCAAUUAAUAUUGUCUUUAAUUGAAUGAAUGCCAAUUCUCGGAAGAUUGCUGGAUCUGAAAUUGGGAAGAUAUUUCCCAGAUUGUGGCUGAUAGAUUGAUUAUGUCUGGUGAUCAAUAAAUUUAAGAUAAUUUGAUAUUCGUCAAAUAGUGAUCUGACAGCUGUUUAAAUGAAGUUCUUUUUUGCUGUCAGUGUUUUAAAAAGUUGCUGUCAUUUUUUAAAGGCAUUGUGCUACAAUGGUAAAGUAUAUUGUAAUAUUUUUAUAUUUUGGCCAUUGUGCACUGUAUUGACUAAUAUUUUUUUCUGAGGAGCUUAAGUCUUUUAGAUACAUGUCUUAGUUUUGUAUGGGAGUGUUAAAAUUGAAUCGAUUUAAAUAGUAAAUGAAUGUCAAUGACCUACGUCCUACCAUUGUUAGUAGUUUUAUUUCUUACCAUUUCUUUCUUUGUGAUAUUGUGGUAUUGUACAUCGAAACAACAUACCUUUAACUCCAAGAGGGUUGUAGGAUCAUGUAUGUUAAAAUUUAAAGGUUGUAUUCAUCAUGGACUGUAGUCAUAUUAGGAACAAAGUAAGCCUUUUUAACACCUUGAAUCAUUUGAGAGAUCUCACAAGGUCCACAGUCAUGAAUGUGUUUGAAAACCAGUCUCAAAAUGCUUCCAUUGGUCAGUUUUAAAAUUAUUUUUAGAAACAACCAAUCACAUGAUAGAAAUUUGAGACUGGUUUCCAUAACCUUGGGCACACAUCGGCAUGACCUUCCUCAGGUUAGAGUUGCAGUAUAUAGUUUGAAACAGAUUUAUUUUGUUGAUACUAUUCAUUUUCAAGCUUAAUUUGUGCAUUACGAUGAACAGUAAAUUUCAAUAAAUUACAAAGCUUAUGACUGAUGAAUUUGAAUUUGGUAUCAUUUUAUUGUAUUACUUGGUAUACCAGGCAUUAUGUUGUUCAGGGUUUAAAUGAAUUUUGAGACUCAGGCUACUAAAUGUUUCCCGCCUUGCCUUGUCAGUGUUGUAAUGCUUUGCCUUCUUGAUAAAAAAUUGAAAAGUCUGGGAAUUUAUAGUGAAGUUGGGGAUAUAUGUAUGAGGCACUUACAAGAAUGUAAAUGAAUGCCAGAUGAACAAUACGAGAGAUGUGACAUUUGUAAGGAAUAAAAAUAUCGAUUGUACACAUAUAAUGAUGGGGAGGGGAGGUAAUUAUGAAGUAAUUUAAUUAUAGUUUCAAACACUGUUAUUUGCAAAAUGUCUUUUGAUCUACACACAAACAUGCUUUAAACUGUAGGAGGAAAGCUAAAUGUCAGUGACUUUUAGUUGAGGCAAAGUGUGGGAAAUCUGACAGACUGUAGAAGUGUGAAUGUUGAUUGGGUGAAAAUAAGAAUCUCUUCCAUCCUAACUCACGGACAAAAUGUUUGCCACUAUAUUACAGUUAUUUUAUAUUUUCAUAGACACACUCCACACAUUUUCUCAGUCCACAAACCUCAAUGUUAUGAAAAAGAGUUUUUGAGACCAGUCAGGAAUAUCUAGCAUCUGAUCAGUUGAUUCUGAGUUCAUAUUUGAAAUUAACCAAUGGCAGGGCAGCAUUGUUAGACUGGUCUCAAAUUUCAGUUUUACAACCUCGGACCAGGUAUUUUCCAUUUUGAUUCCAUUCUUUUUGUAUCCUUUUAAAAGUAGAUCUGUAGUGUUUAGAAGAAGAAGCUGAGUUGCCAGGAUGUUAUUUUAUUUUAUUCAAUUUUAGUUUUGCAUAUUUUACUUUUUAUUGUACUAAUUUAUUGACAUGUUAAGCUGAUAUUCUGUGAUAUUGUGUCUAUAUUGUACAUCUUUAUAAAUAAAAGAUGAUGAUGUAUGU